AACCAACUGACAACGUGUAUACUUCUCGUCUGUUCUCUAUACACGUACCCGUUCACCUGUCUGUUCGACACCGAAUCAUUUUAUCGUUUCGUUCGAGACUCGUCUACACGUACACUACUUUCAUCACUGUUUGCUGUCUGUAGCUUAAGUUUCCGUCUCAUAAUCCAAUUGACAAAAAUGCCUGUAAAUCCAAGUGCUAUGCAAUCAGCCAACAGUGGCCCCAGGUCACCAUCUAAACCAGGAGCGUCCAGGACAGCUGGAAAUGUCCUCAGACAAAGGAAAACUGUUGCACCUACUACUUCGGUAAGAAAUCGUAAUACUGGAACUAGCAGUGGUGGUAUGUGGCGUUUUUACACUGAUGACUCACCUGGAAUCAAAGUAGGUCCUGUGCCAGUAUUAGUAAUGUCUUUGUUGUUCAUCGCAUCCGUGUUCAUGUUACAUAUUUGGGGAAAGUACAAUAGAGCUUAAUUUUUUUGAUUUA